GGCAUGCGCCCUUUCCCGAGGCGGGGGUCGCGCAAUCUAGGACCUCCCGGCCGAGGCGCCAGGAAGAGCCGCUCAGAAUGAAGACAUUCAAAUGUUGUCUUAAAUACCCAGCACAGCAGAAAGUUUUCAUCUUAUUUGUAACUCUGUGGCUGUUCUCCCUGUUGAAGCUUCUAAAUGUGAAAAGCCUCUUCUCCCCUCAAAGAGGCAUUUACUUGGUUGAGUCCUUCCUGAGUACCUCGCCUUUUGUAAGGAACAGGUACACUAAUGUGAAGAAUGAAGUCAGGUAUGACGUGAACUGCUCAGGGGUCUAUGAACAGGCACCUUUGGAAAUCGGCAAAAGUCUGGAAAUAAGAAGGAGAGACAUCAUUGACUUGGAUGAUGAGGAUGUCGUGGCAAUAACCAGUGACUGUGACAUUUAUCAGACCCUGCGAAGGUACCAUCUAAAGCCCGUUUCAAGGGAGGAGAAGAGCUUCCCAAUAGCCUACUCUUUGGUCGUUCAUAAAGACGCCAUUAUGGUUGAAAGGCUACUCCAUGCUAUAUACCACCAGCACAAUAUUUACUGCAUCCACUAUGACCAUAAGUCACCUGAUGUCUUCAAAGUUGCCAUGAACAAUUUAGCCAAGUGCUUCUCCAAUGUUUUCAUUGCCUCCAAAUUGGAGACAGUGCAAUAUGCACACAUUUCCAGACUCCAGGCUGAUCUAAAUUGCCUGUCAGACCUCCUCAAGUCCUCAGUUCGGUGGAAAUAUGUUAUCAAUCUGUGUGGGCAAGAUUUUCCAUUGAAGUCAAAUUUUGAAUUGGUAUCAGAGUUGAAAAAACUCAACGGAGCAAAUAUGUUAGAAACGGUGAAACCCCCAACCAGUAAAAUGGAAAGAUUCACUUAUCACUAUGAACUCAGACAGGUGCCUUAUGAAUAUGUGAAGCUACCAGUAAGGACAAACGUCUCCAAGGAAGCCCCCCCUCAUAACAUUGAGAUAUUUGUUGGCAGUGCUUAUUUUGUUUUAAGUCGGGCAUUUGUGAAAUACAUUUUCAACAACUCCCUCGUUAAAGACUUUUUUGCCUGGUCUGAAGAUACGUACUCUCCGGAUGAACAUUUUUGGGCUACCUUAAUUCGGGUACCAGGAAUACCUGGGGAGAUUUCUAGGUCAGCCCAAGAUGUGUCUGACUUACAGAGUAAGACCCGCCUUGUCAAAUGGAACUAUCACGAAGGCGUCUUGUAUCCACGAUGUACGGGCUCCCACCUUCGAAGUGUGUGUAUCUUUGGGGCGGCAGAAUUAAGGUGGCUGAUAAACGACGGGCAUUGGUUUGCUAAUAAAUUUGAUUCUAAGGUGGAUCCUGUCUUGAUUAAAUGCCUGGCGGAAAUGCUUGAAGAGCAGCAGAGACAAUGGAUCACUUUAUCUUCAAAAAAAUUACUUAUGGCUAAAAAUCCCAUAAUCACAUCAUGAUGAAAUCAUGAUAGAAGGAAGGUGUCUGAUAAAUAGAGCUCUUAUGGACUUGUAUGCUCUACCAUGCCCAGUUCCACUUGAACUUAACCUCCUCAUAGUUUGCGAGGUGUCCAUAAUUCCAUGCACAAAGGCGACAAUUAGCCUGAAUUUGGUUGGGUGUUUUUAUGUUUGCUUCCUUGUAACCUUAUGGAGCUAAAUCAGAGAUUCUAAACGGUCCAUUAUCAGAGCUCAGAAACUACUGAGCUCCAGCUGUAUGCCAGGUACUUUUAUAAAUCCAAAUUGCAAUGAGUUGUACAAUGCCUUCAAGGCUUGCCCUAGCCCCACAGCAACCUUAAUAUCUUACAUUUUCCUCAUAGCAAUCAAGAUUCUACAGAAAAGGUGUUGGAGUGUGGGAUAAUCAUGUAACCGUCGAAACCACCAAUUUCAGGGUAGUGUUUAUGUCCAGUGACCAACACUCCACUUGUCUUUUAAUUCAGCUCCCUAGACUUUUCUUAACCAUUAGAAUAUUUGAAGGAGAAACCACUACCUCAGGAAAGCUCAAACAAUUGUCCAGUUUCCUCCUUGCCAAAGCAUAAUUUUCCUAUUGGUGCCUCACCCUUUGAGUUCAGAGUCCGAAGACUCUGUUGGCGGGGCAUUUACAGUGGGUGAAUGUCAGGGAGGCUGGAUGGGGGCUGAGGGGAUUGGGAUAAGUGGUGCCUGAAGAGAAACAAAGGGAUCUGUAGGACUUUCACAUCAUGUUACACAAUGGCUUCGUGAAUGAUGUCUUUUUAAUUCAAUUAGUUCUUUAAAAUUAUUGAUUAAUUAUAAGAACUUGAUUAAUAGUUCAAAGUGUUAUACUCCCAAACGUUGAACCUAAGUCUUCUAGCUCAUAGAUUAUCAUUAUAUGUAGGAUUCUUUUAUAGUGGAAUUAGUGUAAUUUUGUUUUAUGGAACCAUUAAGCUAAGAAUCACUGAAUUUUCUUGAAAAGGUUUGUAAAAUAUGACAGCUUUCUAAAUUAACUAUUAUGGUAAUUUAAAAUUUUUGCUUACGUCUCCAGUAACUGUCCAAGUAGAAUCCAAGCUUAAACUUACAAAAACUAUUUAAGUCUACUGAAGUCUCCUCAGCUUAGAUAGAGGAAAAUUUAAGUUUCUUAAUGACAUAGGAAGAAUAUUCAUUAAUGGUAUUUUGUAAAACCUACACCUUAGAAAACUACCAGACGAAUCAAAUAUACAUCUAUUUUAAUGUCACUGUCUUGUACCUGGAGUGAAGUGGGACAGGAGCAGGGUCCUGAGAACAGGUUGUAGUAUUUUUUUUUACAUCUCAGGAAAUCAUGGAACUCAUGUAAAAAUUUUUUGCUGAUCUUACGUUUCAGUGUCAGCCUCAGCAUCUACAUAAAGAUGUAGUAAUCAAGGCCAAUGUGAGACUAUUUGAAAGACUAGAGUAAAUAUUUUUGUAAGUGCCUGUGUUCUACCUGUGAAAUGUCUUUGUUGGUUUUAAAAUGUUUAUGAUACUGAGAGCCAAGUGGCACCACUUCUCUCCCCUUCUUCUCUGGAACUCAUUUUUCUUUCUCUUUUUUCCCCCUACCCCCUUCAAAUUACUUUAUUCUCCAGAAACAACUAUGACCAAACUCCUCUUCUUAAAAAUAAGUAACUGUUGAGGGCCCCUGGGUGGCUCAGUCAGUUUA